CUCAUACCUAACACGCCAAGCCUGGAGCUGGUCAAUGUCCACCACUCAGGUCUGGAACAGCGUAUUAGGCCACCUGGGAACUGGAAAAGGUACUCCUGAGGCAAUGGCUGAAGCGAUCCCACUGAGAGAAAAGAAGCAGAAAACGCUCCCUCGCUCUGAUGGGUGUGGUCUCAAUAACUUUGACGCUCUGGACCUGUCUGGAGGGUUGAGGAUAGUCCUAGUGGGCAAGACUGGAUCAGGGAAGAGUGCGACAGGAAAUACCAUCCUUGGAAGAGCUGCAUUCAAAGAGGACCCCAGCCCCGUGUCUGUAACCAAACACUGUGAGACACAGAACGGGGAGGUGGACGGGACUUUGGUCCAGGUGAUUGACACUCCAGGUCUGUUUGACACAGGCAUCACAGAGGAGGAAUUAAAAACCAGGAUAGAGGAGUGUGUCAAGAUGUCUGUGCCCGGCCCUCACGCCUUCCUGCUGGUGAUCCGGCUUGGAGUGCGGUUCACCGAGGAGGAACGAAACGCUGUGAAGUGGAUCCAGGAUAACUUUGGAGACGACGCCUCCAUGUACACCAUCAUGUUGUUUACGUGUAAAGAUCAGGCCAAAGCUGACAACGCUCUAAAGGAGUGCAAGGAGCUGCGGAGACUCUCCAUCACAUUUGGCCGCAGAUACCACGCCUUCAACAACAACGACGCAGACGACCGCGUGCAGGUCAACGAGCUCAUCACCAUGAUCAAGGAUAUGAUACAGGAUAACGGAGGGAAACACUACACCAACGAGAUGUACGAGAGGGCCCAGAGGAAGCUGAGAGAGGAGGAGGAGCGCAGGAAACAGGAAGAGGAAGAGAAGAAAGAGGAGGAGAGGAAAGUAUGGGAUGCAGAGAGGGAGAAGCAAGAGAAAGAGAGAGCAAAGAAGAAAAAUGUUAGAAUAAAGAAUAUCCGCGUAGCAUCUGCGGCUGCUGCCGUGUUGGUGGUAGCUGGGGUGGUUAUAGCUGUGGGAGCUAGUAACACAGUGGCUUUGGCUCUGGGAGCGCCUGUGCUGGUUCUGGGAGUGUUGUGUGGUUUAGCUGCCAUCUGCGUAUGGAAGGGGAUACGAUGUAAAGCCAAAAAAGGAGUUCCUGUAUAACCUGCUGGAAGCUUCUCAUGAGGACAUACAGACCCAUCUGAACUGAGUAUAUAUGACGGACACACUGAUUUAUUUCACAGAACAAAUCUAAGAAUAACGCUGUUGGUAUUUCCUCCAUCCUGCUGUUGUGACAUGCCCUUGCAAUCAAAGAGAUAUGUGAAUUUAACACUGACAGUAAACCAGAGGUAUGAAAUGCAA